AUGUCUCUCCCCCAGACGAAGCCAACCCAAUCUUCCAUAAAAUCCUUCUUCCAACCCCGCCAACAACCGUCUUACGCACCUCCUCCGUCAUCAACCAAGUUCACCCCGGCACCCGCAGCUCCUCCUCCAGCUGCAGCUGCCCCUCCCCCCGCAACGCAAACCCCCACCUCGACAGCAACGACACCAUCACCACCACCUCUCGCGACAGCUUCGUCCGUCCACCCGUCCGCACAGAUCCGCCCUGUCACCCCGACAGACAUCCAAGCUCUCCGCCGCAUAAACUCCCUGCUGCUCCCCGUCGCCUACCCAGAGCAAUUCUACGCUGGCGCCCUCCAAGGCCCCUUCUCCCGCGUAAUAACCUGGUCCGACACUUCCUCCUCUUCGACAACCACCCAAGUAAUCGGCGGCGUCGUCUCCCGAGUCGAACCCUCCCCCUUUCCGCCGACAACAAUCUCCUCGGAGCCCGAACACGCCCUCUACAUCCAGUCCCUGGCCCUCCUCUCCCCGUACCGCUCCCACGGCCUCGCGACCGCAACGCUCGAUAACAUCAUUGCCGCCGCCUCCUCCGUCCCGGGCGUCAACCUCCGCCACGUCUACGCACACGUCUGGACAGACAACGACGAGGGCAUAAAGUGGUACACCUCCCGCGGCUUCGAACAGUUCGGCGACGAACUCAGGGGCUACUAUAUCAAGCUCCGCCCAGACUCGGCUUACAUCGUCCGCCGCUCCAUUGGACCGCUGUCUCUGUCUUCCAGCAGUCACCGCCACAACCAAACCUCAACAAUGGCCGCCCCCAUCCCCGCCGGUCCCACCGCCGCCGUCGCGAACCUCCCUCCGAUGAAUACCCGCAUAGCCGCAGGCGCGAAUGGCGAUACGGACAGGCCCCUGAUGACGCCGUCGGGCCAAUCGUUCCAGAACCGACGCGCCGAGACGGAGUGGAACGAUCUGCCGGCCGACAUGGCGCCGCCCAUGCUCGCGCCGCCGCGGAGCAACAGCGCCUCCGGUGCGAGCUCGCGAAGCAGCUCGGCGGCGAGGAAGAAGAAGGAUCGCGCGUACCCGGCCGCUGCUUUCCAAAGUUAG